GUAAUUGAUGUACCAACUAUCCUAAUUGUUUGAUUUUCUGUAAAAUUUGUUUCAAUAACUUAGAUAUUUUUUUUUGAAAAUUUUCAAAAUCAAAGGAAAAUAAUUCACAAAAAUAUAAUAAAAUUAAUAAAAACGUGAUAGAAAGAAUAAAUGACAGCAACGACGACGAUAACGACAAUAGAUAAUGAAAAAGAGAGAAAUUUUCAAAUUUUAAAAUUUGAAAUAAGAGGGAUGAUUUUUAAAAUUUCAAACUUUUAAUAUGCAUUCUAAAGUUUUUAAUAACUCUAAUUAAAUUCAUAUUCCAUUUAAUCCCAUUUGAUGAGGUCAAUAUAAUUUUUUUUAAUUGAGAAUUUUUGUCACUCAAUUUUCUCAAGAAAAAUGGAUUCAAAGCUUCAAAUAGUCAUGUUCCCAUGGCUUGCUUUUGGCCAUAUAAUUCCAUUUCUCAACCUCUCUAAUGAACUUGCUAAAAAGGGUCACAAAAUCUCAUUCUUAUUACCCAAAAAUUCACAAAUUCGACUUCAAAAUCUCAAUCUCUACCCUAAUCUCAUCACUUUCCAUACACUUAAAAUCCCUCAUGUCCAUGGUCUUCCAUAUGAAGCUGAAACUACAGCUGAUGUGCCUACAUCUUUGGAAAGUCUAUUAGCAACAGCUAUGGAUGAAAUGUAUGAUGAAAUCAAAUUUUUACUUCAAAAUCUAAAACCCCAUUUCGUUUUCUUUGAUUUUGCUCAUUGGGUUCCUGAAAUAGCAUUAGAAAUCGGGGGUAUCAAGACUCUUUGUUAUAAAGUUGUUUCCCCUGCUACAUCAGCUAUUUCAUUGAUUCGAUCACCGGAAAAGAGUGUUUUUAUGGCAUCAACCGCAGCUGAAAAAGUUAAGCCACCACCAGGUUACCCUUCUACUACUGUGGUGUUGCAUGAACACGAAGCUAAGUUGUUAUCGUUUCUGUUUUAUGAAUAUGGCAAGGGAGUGACAAUAUACGAACGAUUGAUGAAGGGAAUGACACUAUGUGAUGCAAUAGUUUUGAAAACAUGUCGAGAGAUUGAAGGAACAUUUGGUGACUACAUAGAAACACAAUUUAAAAAGCCAGUCCUUUAUACAGGGCCUGUUGUUAAUGAACCUGAAAAGGGGCCUUUAGAAGAACAUUCAUUAUCUAAUUGGCUCGAGAAAUUCGAGCCAGGAUCAGUUCUGUUCUGUGCAUUUGGAAGCCAAUUGAUUCUUGAAAAGAAACAGUUUCAAGAACUUGUUUUAGGCCUUGAACUAACUGGCCUACCGUUUCUGUUAGUUGUCAAGCCACCUGAAGGGAAAAAUUCAGUAGAAGAAGCCUUGCCUGAGGGAUUCAAAGAAAGGGUUCAAGAAAAAGGAUUGAUUCUUGAUUGUUGGGUGCCACAAUUGAAGAUUUUAAGUCACAAAUCAGUUGGUUGUUUUGUGUGUCACUGUGGGUAUGGAUCAGUGUGGGAGUCUUUAGCAUUGUGUGAUUGUCAAUUAGUACUUUUGCCUAGUUCUAGUGAACAAACCUUAAAUGCUAGGCUUAUGGAACAAGAACUUAAGGUUGGUGUGGAAGUGGAGAAGGAUGAAAAUGGUUGGUUUUCAAAGGAGAGUUUGUGCAAGGCUGUGAAAUGUGUCAUGGAUAAAGAUAGCCAAGUUGGUUGUUUAGUGCAAGAGAAUCAUAGGAAAUGGAAGGCAGUUCUUUCAAGUCCUGGUUUCAUGAGUGACUAUAUUGAUAAUUUCAUUCACAACUUGCAUGAACUUCUAGUUGAAUAGACCUAGAAUUUGCAGGCGGUUGAAGUUACGGGUUAAAUUUUGAUAAACUUAAAAACUCUAAAUCCGCCUCUGAUUGUGACAAAUGUUUUGUACAUUGUGUCAUACUCCGUUUUCUGAAUAGAUGUAUUGCAGUACAAUAAUUGUGCUAAUGUUGUUAUAAUGAUCAACCAUUUUUGACUUGAUUUAUUAAUAGUUCAAAUUCGUCUU